AUGAAAAAUGGGGAGUGCUCAGCUGCGGCCUUGGACCUCUGGAAAAGCAAGGAUGGACGCUCGAAAUUGCGCGAGCUUAUGCUGAAGAACAACAUGGACUUCGCCCGUGUUGAAGUGGACUUGAAGCGGACCAAGAGCACCAGUGUGGGUCAAAGGAGGCAUUCGAAGCAGAUUCAGAUCCAGGUGAACCAUAUGCAGUCCAUCUACGAGAAGCUGGAGAAUCUGCAGGGGGAAUGCGCUGUGACUCGAAGUGCGAAGCCUGAGACACAAAAGCAGAUCUUGAGCCUAUGUGCAGAGUGCACCAAAACCGAUGUUGCCCUCAAUAAUUUGGUUCUUCGUGCCAGGACCAGUGUCUGCGGGGUUGGGAUAGGCCAGGUUUCCACACCUAUAUAUAUAUAG